CUCAUAUGCGAUUCCCACCCGGCGGCCUGCCGCUGUUUUGACAGAUUUCCGAGCAGUACCACGUGUGGAAGGUGUUGUUGUCUGUCUUUGAUAUUUUUGCGGUGGAUUUUCUUAAAGGAGAUUUGAUAAAUCAUAAUGUCGUCGUCGGAAAGUGACUCAGAUAUCAGCCAAGACCAAUAUGAAGAAGAGGAGUCAGGGAGUCAGAAGUCGGAGUCAAGUGGGGACGACCAAUCUCCUGAAGACGACCAAAGCAGCGAGGAAGAAAAACCAACCAAAAAGAAAGGAAAAGAGAAAUCGGUAAAGGAUAAGAAAAAUAAAGAAGCAUCGAAGAAAGCUAAAAAGCAAAAACCGCCAGUUCCCACCCAAACACCAGAAGAACGUAUAAAGGAGAAAUAUAGUGCCAAGAAAGGCAAAUGUUUGUGUCUUCGGUUUCCGAAAAGGGUUCCUGAAGACGUCAACUUGCUUGAGUCUAACGUGAAAGAACUUUGUGAUCGAAUCAUUAAAGUCCAUCGACCUAGGCAGCCUAGCACAAGAAUUUGUCUGGUCGAUUUCGCCACUCCGGAAGAUUGCAAGAAAGCCUUCAAGCAACUAAAGAAAACUGAAGUUGAUGGAAAGCGAUUGUGCGUGACCGUUCCAAAAACCGAUUCAGAAGAUUUCAUCGCAAAGUUAGUUGCACGUCGACAGAAAAAACUAGCACAGAAGCGGGCUCAGAAGAAGCUGAAGAAAUCUGCAACAAAAACAGAAGGAAGAAUCUUCACAUCAACAAUUAUUGUUGGAAAAAUCCCAGCCAGUGUGAGCGUUAAUGAAGUUAAGGAUCUAUUCCCAAAUGCCGUCGAGUUUAAAUUCGUUUAUGCUAAGAAACCAGGAGGACAUAAUUCAGCGGUUGUAACUCUUCCCACGCCCAAGGAUGCAACGAUUAUUAAACGGAAGAAAUUAGAAAUUGGUGAAAAUAAAUUGAGUGUUGCAUUUGUCGGUGCAGAUCAAAAGAAAAAGAAUAAGAAAAAGCAAAGCGCUGAGGAAGGUGAAGCAGGAACUUCGGAAAAUGGUCAAGCAAAUGAGGACGAAUCCCAUUCGAAGAAGGGUAAGAGAAAACUCAAGAAGGAAAAGUCAACAUCAGACGAUAACACGGUAGACGUUCCCGCUAAGAAGAAAAAGAAGGAUUUAAAGAAAGUCAAGGAAGAAAACGAUGAAGAUUCGUCUCCAGCUAAGAAGAAAAUUAAGCAAAAAAAGGCCGAAAAGGGCAAACGAGAAGCUGAUGAUUCAUUUGUAGUGCAAGAUCAGCCGCAGAAGCAGAACAAGAAAAAUAAAAACAAAAACAAACAUGAAAAUUCGCCGAUAAAACAGGAACACAAACAGCAUAAAUCGGACGGCUCCAAACAGAAGGACGACCAACAGGAUGACCAGACAGUAUCAUUCAAAAAGUUCCAAGGCACCGCUUCUUUGAAGGAUGAUAACAAGAAUUCAUCUCCGAAGAAGAAACAUCAGAACCAAAAGUUCAAUAAGAAACACAAUGAGAACACACACAAAUUGGAAAAUGGUGGCGGACCAGGAAAGUCUUUCAACAAGUUCAAAAAUAAAGAUAAUAGUAAGAAUAAAUUUAUUAACAAAGAGAAAAAACCCUUCAAGAAGGGUGGCUUUAAAAAACAAACUAAUUCGGCGUAAGAUUGAAUAAUUGUUUAAUGUAUGGAUGAAUGCGUACAUUUGUUUUUAAGUUUAUGAAAUAUAUUAUUUUUAAUUAAA